AUUACCUACUUCCGCCGGAAAGGUUAGAGCCCAGCGGCCGGCGGCCCAAGUUUGUAUUGCUGCGCCGCCGGGAACUCCGGUCAUGAAAUCGAAACCCUUAUUUUCCAGAUGAGGAUACUGAGGCCCCAGAAGGUUUACUGAAAACGUCAUAAGGAAGUACAUUAAGGAAAGGCCUUGUGCAGUGUACCAUGGCUUUUGAACCCUUCCCUCAAAAGGACUGGUACAGUGUUCUGGGUGCGGAGCCAUCGGCAAGCAUGAAAGACCUGAAACAGAAAUACCAAAAGCUCAUUUUAAUGUAUCAUCCAGACAAACAGAGCACAGAUGUGCCAGCGGGAACCAUGGAGGAGUGCGUGCAGAGGUUCAUCGAGAUUGAUCAGGCGUGGAAAAUUCUAGGAAACGAAGAGACCAAAAAAGAGUAUGACCUGCAGCGGCGCGAAGAUGAUCUAAGAACUGUGGGACCAGUAGAUGCUCAAAUAUAUCUUGAAGACAUGUUAUGGAAUAAAGAUGAUCAGUGUUUUACUCUCAGUUGCCGAUGUGGUGGAAAAUACUGUGUUUCCAAGGAUGAAGCUGAAGAAGUGAACCUGAUCUGUUGUGAUACGUGUUCACUAAUUAUAGAAAUUGUUCAGCACAGCUGAGAUUGUUCAGUACAUAGAACUGUAAAACUCUUAUGUUCAGUCACGUUGGGGAGGCAGAGGCUUUGUCCGUUGGAGAAAACAUCGAUUUCAAGUAGAGCUGAGAAAAGAAGUGGGAGUCCUUUUGUCCAUUGGAAAUGCUGCUGAAAAACGUCAACUCAAAUACUGUUUUCAGAGUUUGCCAAGAAAAUGUAAAAUUGGCAAGCAGAGCCCACCCCCUGUAUCAACAAAACAUGAAUUUAGUUACUUGGUGAAUUCCCAUACUUAGAAUGUUGGGGCCUCAUUUUGUUGUCUCUCCUCCAUGAGUGGAAGACGUUUUCUUCCAAGAGCACAGAAAUAAAUGCAAGCAGUGGGUCUCAGCGAGUCUCAUGGUUGGGGCUUUGCUCUGUGAAUCCGUCUGUACCACUGAUCUAGAACUUCCCUCUGCUUAACUCACAGGGCAAUUAUAGGGAUUAAUGAAGUGGAACCAGAUAUCCUACUAGGGGAAGCUCUAUAUUCUUCGUGUAGAAACAUUUUGUAAAUACAACUUGACCCCAGUUGUCUCUGAUUUUGAAGAUCUGAUUAAUGAAGCAGCAUAGUGUGGCAGAAAGGACACUAGACUCAGAUCAUAAGAACUCAGGCGGCUUUUACGAGAUCUGUGGCCAGUUACUUACUGUCUCUGAGCCUGUUUCCUUAUUUGUAAAGAGCUUAGCAUCAGCACAGUGCUUGGCUCGUAGUAAUCUUUCUAAUGUGGAUGCUUAUUCCCUUCCUUUCCCCAUAUGGACAAUACCAUCUACCUUACCUAAAAAAGUGGUGUUUGUUUUUUUUUUAUUUAUUUUAAGAUUAAAUGUGACAAAGUACAUGAAAGAACUUUUAAAACUGCAAAUCACUAUAAAUGUGAGGUAUUUUAUUAAUAAUAUCCAUCCCUGCCGUUGUGGAAAAAAAGAAACCGGCAUAAGCUGCAGCGUGAGCAAUUUGGGUUAGUUAUAAGAAUAGAAUGAGAUCCUAACUAUAUAUAAAGUUAAGCAAAGGGUUUGUUGGUUGGUUUUUCCCUUCCUUAGGAUGGGGAAACAAUCAUCUGUAGUCAGGAACCAAGCACGGCUUUAUAACGAUAUAGUAUAGAGAACUAGUCCAAUCAUGCAAUUUAGGUAAUGGCUAUUUAUGGUUUCAAUAAAUCAUUUUAAAUAGGAUUUUUUUUAAAAUUAUAAAAACAUAGCAUUCCUGACUAUUUCUGAAUUUGGAAUACAAUGUUAUUGGUAUCUUGAAACCAAUAUUUUCCUGUCCUAUUUCUUACUUUAUAAUUGUAAAUUUCAUAGAUGUCACCGUAACCAUUAAGCAGUUUUAUAUUUCUAUAUAUUUAGUGUUCUGUGUGUAACACAGGUCAGAUCUCAUUUUGGAGAAUCCCAAAAGAUUGCUGAAAUUCUUUGUUCUUUUUGUUGAAUAAAUGGGCCAAACCUAGAACUUGGCAGUCUUUAUUAUGGGAAGUUUCUGUUGCAGCCAGAUUUGACCUGUAAUUAAAAAUAAGUGGUCACCACCCUCAUGGUUAGUGUAGCCAAACCAAAGCAUAAUUGAGAAGGAAGAAUAGAAUUUCUUUGGCUGAGUCUAUAAAACACAAAGUCCAACUGAAAGUAAAAGAACUAAAUCAGUGAUCCAAAUAUCUAGCUAUUUAGGUCAUACAAAAUACCAGGAUGGUGUUAAUCUUUUCUUCUUUUAAAUCUACAAUUUUUACUUUUGGGGCAGGGAGGGGUGGGGUGGAAGAGAGAGGAGAAAGAGAGUGAGGAGAGGAGAAGAGAG